AUGCAGAAAACCUCACAGAACGCCGCAGUUUUCCAAAUUAAGCAAAGUUUCUGUCUUGACGAAAUUUUCACUUCCGAUAAACGCCCCACAACAAUGGCUGCAGCUGAUACCACAAUAAGUCAAGAACAAAUAACAAGGGACGAUGCACUCAAGUUAUAUACAAGUGCGCUCAAUUUCAAUGUGAUUAGUCGCUACGAUCCUGCAAUUAAACAAUUAGUUUGUCACACUUCACAUUGCGUCCUUUACAAGUUCAAUGAAGAGUCCGAAGAGUGGGUCAAGACGGAUUAUCAAGGUGCUUUAGCCUUAUAUGAGAGAAGUACUAGUGCCGGUUCUGGGCAAGAACCAUCCCCUGAUUCUCAUCUACAGCAACCGUUCAAGUUUGGUAUUAUAAUAUUAAAUCGUUCCAGCCCUGAAUGCUUCUCAUUGGGUAUUCUACCCGAAUCUGGAAUGGAAGUUGAGCUCAACGAUAAUUUAAUUAUCAUUAGAAGUCUAUCUGGAGAAAUCUAUGGCUUGUGGCUAUUCAGUGGGGAAGAAAGGGAAUCAUUGUAUAAGACGAUACAGUAUUUAGUUUGA